AAUCGUCAACGCCAGUUGAGUCGCGAGGAUGGUCGAAGCCGGUCGUUGAAGGAAGAAGGAGCGCAAUCUGAAUAUUGUUUGUUUUUCAAUAAAAAUAAUACAUCAUCAGUAACUAGAGUUGAUACUUCAAGUGAUGAGGAAAACUGCAAAAUGUUGGAUUUUCCUGGCGUUGUUUGGGCUGUUGAAAGCAGAUACCCCCAUCGUCUUCCCGGAGGAUGACGACUACUUCCGAUCCUCGCUAACGGGCCGCUUCGCGCUCGAGUUGGACGAUCUGGAGUACGAGCUGGACAACGAGGGCGACACGCUCGUGCCGCAGAUCCUGUUCCCCCGGGACGAGGAGCAAAACUUCGUUCGGCUACCGGACCAGAACGGCGAGUUCGAGAUCGUGUCGCGGAUGUUGGUCCACGAGAGUCGCCGCAACGGCAGCACCUUCGAGGCGGCCAAGUACGUCAAGUUUAGGUUCUUUGCGCGGUCAAACAACUACCAGCCGGUGGAGUUGCGGUUCGAUCAGAUUCAGUUCCUGCCGGAUCAUCACGGGUUCAAGAUGGCGCUGCCGACGAAGAUCUUGAUUCACGGCUGGUUGGGGAGUACCGAUUCGGAGGUGAUUGACCCGUUGGCAAAGGAGUACCUGGACCAGGGCGAUGUCAACGUGAUUGCCGUGGACUGGGAGAAGGGUGCCAAGACGUUGCUGUAUCCGGUGGCUCGGUAUCGGGUGCCGCAGGUCGCCGACGUGGUCGCGGCCACGAUUGAUAAGCUGUUGGAGUUUGGACAGUCGUCGGACCAGAUUGGAAUGGUUGGACACAGUUUGGGGGCGCACAUUGCUGGGUUGGCGGGGAAGAAGACUCGUCAGAAGAUUGGGUACAUUGUCGGGUUGGAUCCGGCUUCGCCGUUGUUUCGCGUGAAGAAACCUCACGAGAGAUUGUCCGCAGAUGACGCGCAGUACGUGGAGGUCAUUCAUACCAAUGGGAAAGCGCUCGGAUUCUUCAAGAACAUUGGAACGACUGAUUUCUAUCCAAAUGGAGGAACUUCGCAGCCGGGAUGCGGGUGGAGCUUAAGCUGCAGUCACCAGAGAGCGGUGGACUACUUCAAGGAGUCUCUUAAGGCUAAAGGAUACUUUGCGAAUCGAUGCGCCGAUGUGGACAACUUGCAUGCCGAAUGCUCGCUGGGAAGGGUAGAACUUGGGGGAUUUGAGGCGCGACGGUUGAAGGGCAAACCUGGGGGAGUGUACUUUGUCCAUACGGCGCCGAAUAAGCCAUUUUUGAGGAGUGGAGGAACGACAAGGUAAAAUUGAAGAUGAUAUAAGAAUAUUUUGCUAGAUACGAUGUACUAAAUGCUUUUUCUAUAAAUAAACUUAUUUAAUGCGACAAAUACAAGAAAUAAUAAAUUUGAAGAGAAAUUAUAAAAACUGAUUAUCCCUUACAAUAACUAUCAAUACAAUUAUUUCCACUACACGACCCUGCGUCUCCAUCAUGAAAACAAAUCGAUGCACUGGAGCAUAGAACGUAAAUCGCCCCAAAGUAUGCAAUAAGUUCCAUGUCCAAGGCCAGCACGAAGAACAGCGCCCACUCAGAUAAUUAUGAUGCUGAUAAAAUGUCGUUGAAAC